UUGUUACAAAGUUUAAUUUAUUGAAAAUUGUCAUAACAUAAAAGCAGUGGUUUAUAAAUUAAUUAAAGAUGGGAUGCAACACUAGUAAAGACAGUGUUCAACCGGCAUCAGAGGAAGCAAAGGAGGAUGUUAAGAAUGGUGAUAUUCCAAAGUCUACAGCAAGUAUCGUUACUUCAACAGAAGAAUCACCCGAAGAAAAUUCAAAAGAAAACAGUACAGUUGACACAACUGAAAACAAUCUAGAAAAAGCAGCUACAAAGAUACAAGCCGUAUUUAGAGGACAUCACAUCAGAAAGAGUAUGAAAGGCACAGAAGCUGCAUCUCUGCAAAAACAGAACAAGGGAGAAGAGAGCGAUCCCACAAAGGAACAACUACAAGAUGAAUUUCGAGCGGAUGAUGUCGAUUUGUGUAACGCAGCAACAAAGAUCCAAGCAUCGUUUCGUGGACACAUGUCAAGAAAAGACCAAGCCAUUUCAUCAGUCGUGAAAGCUACUGAAGAUGUUAUAGGGAAUGUAUCGUCAAAACUAGAACAAAAGAUGGAUGACGCAGCUAGUGAAUUAGAAGGAAUCGAUUUGACCGAUCCAGAUCUGCACAAAGCAGCAACUAAAAUUCAAGCGAGUUUCCGAGGCCAUAAAGUUCGCCAAGAAGUAGUUGUAACUGAGACCAAAAAAUAAGGUUACAUAAUAAAUAUAAUGGAGUGAUAACUAGUGAUCCUAUCAAUAUGUGCAAUCUUUACCUAUAAAUAGGAAUAACAUGCAAUUAAUGGACCUAAUUUAUAUAUAAAUAUAAUUAUAUUUAUAUAUAUAAAUAUAUAUAUAUAUAUAUAUAUAUAUAUAUAUAUAUUCUUUUCCUUAUUUUAAAAAUUUUUCGAUCUGUGACUAUUGUUGAAUGUAAUAAUAAUAAUAAUAAUGUCAAUAAAAUUUAAGAGAGGUACUUCACUUAUUUAUAUAUAUAUAUAUAUAUAUAUAUAUAUAUAUAUAUAUAUAUAUAUAUAUAUAUAUAUGCAUGUCUCGCUAAGAACACCGUAGGUUACAAGUCAUUUUAAAACAAAAAUCAUUGAAAUUUACCCCGAGUGAUGAAUAAUUCUGCAUUCAGUUUAUAUUAUCAAUUUAUUUCUAAUGACAAACAAAGUACUGCACACAAUUUUUAAUAGCAAUCUAAAUGACAUUGCUUAAAGAAAAAAAUAACUAUUAAAACAUGUAAAAAAUUUAUGAAUAUUUGAUUUAAGUGAAAACCAAUGUAUUUCGAGAUUAGAUUCUAGAAAAAAAAAAAUUAUCACAAUGAAAUUUUCGACGUUCUUGAGUGCAAUCCAUGCAUCUAAUGUGAAAAGUUAAAACAAAAUCAUAAGUUAAAAAUCCAAUAUGAUCAAUCAAGCAGCUUAUCAAACACGACGUAGACAAACAUAAUUUGAAGCCAUUUCUACGCAACGUCGAACAACACGAUAAAGAAUAAAAGUUUAGGCAGUUAAAAUAUGUUCUUAUUAUUAUUAUUUUUUUUUCUGUUAAUAGUAUCAAAAUGUAAUAUAUAUUAAUUUUAUAAUUCUUGCCACAAGAGAAGUAAAAGUUUUUAGCUUGAUAAAGAUUAUUCAGUCUUAUUUAAAAAAACACUUUUUUAAAACAUAGAACGUUUAUGUACCAAUUAUCGGCACUAAUUAAUGAAUGUAAAAUAAGAAAUUGAAGUCACCUUCUCGACUUUAAAAUAAACAUUUAUUUUAAACCA